AUGGUGGAGGACUCGACCACAGCGUGGGAUGACCAGGGUGUAUGGGAGUCGUCGGGCUUCUUGCGCUUCCUGUCGGAUCAUCACGUAAAUCCGCGCGACCUUCUCAACCCAUCAGCCAAUGGAGAGUCGCUUCGCUUCUUCCGACUCAAGCAACUCAACAGCAUCAGCGAAAAGGACACUGAAGAUCCUCGUCUGCAGGCAAUCGCCGCCAAUUUAUUGCGAGAAGCAGCAGAAAACGUAUCUGAAGAGUCAUCAGACGUCCACCCCAAAGCUGUUUCGUGGCUUCCAGGCUUCUACUCGCUUCCUGUUUCAGCGCCAUUAGCUAGAGUCGAUCUCUACAAAGAAGGACAAAUCUACGGUAUCGACAUCUCGUCGGGCUACGCUGUAACUCUGCUAAAUAUCAAUCCAGGAGAGCACGUCUUGGACUUGUGUUGUGCUCCUGGCGCCAAGCUGACUAUGAUCGCUGACCUCCUGCAGCUCCGUGGAAGCGUCACAGGAGUCGAUUUCUCUCGAUCAAGACUGGGGGCCUGCAGACAAUUGGUGCACAAAUACAAGCUCUUCGAGUCUCAAAACGAGGACAACAAGUGGAGAUGUCGACUGUUCCAUGCAGACGGCAGAACGUUUAACAUCGGUCCCAAGACAGAGUGCGUGCAUAUAGACGGCAUGGGACUGCUACUAGACACCCAGGAGAUCGCGUCUAGAGCUCCUAAAGAUCGUAUGCGCAAACGCAAGAACAAAAGCGCUAGAGCUCGAGACGCUAAGCGCCAGAAGCUGCUGGUUGUGGACUCGGCACUGUACGACAAAGUGCUGGUAGAUGCCGAGUGCACCCACGACGGGUCAAUUCGUCAUCUUCAGCGACUGAUAACCGGUGCAAAGUGGGAAGAAUACGUGCGAGACCACUUAAAUUCAAGUGAGAUCGAACGGAUUCUUAAAUUACAGCAUGGACUGAUCCGGAAUGGCUUCAGCUUGCUACGACCAGGAGGCACGAUGAUCUACAGCACGUGCUCGCUAUCUGUAAAGCAGAACGAAGACAUUGUAUCGAAGUUUCUUGAAGAUCAACCGCUAGCUACACUGGAUCAGACUACUGUCGACCACGACGUUCCUUGCAAGGUAAGGAAUGACCUUCUGAAUAUAUUACUUACAGGAAAUUGACUUAUCUUACGUAGGAAGGAAAACUUCCGGGUACUUUACGCUUCACGCCGUCACAAAACACAAGCGGACUU